AUGGAGAGCGUCUUAUCACCCAACACUUCCGCGUUUCUCAACUACCUCGACACCUUCUCGGCCGACAAUUCGUCCACAGCUGGUAAAGAUGCCUUAGCCAAUCCUACCUCACUUCCACCUUCGGCGUUCUUCAACAACAUGCCUGUACCGGGAAGGGAUACGCCCGAGGACACCCCACCAUCAGCGAAGGAACCUUCAGCCUCGCCAGGCAAGCACGACAGAGCGUUAUCCCUAUCUGACGAGUCAGACGAAGAAGACAGUCCAGAGAGGGAAUUGAUCAGUAAUAGAAGAGUCAGUGGAUCAGGUGCGAAUAAGAGGAAGGUCGGACAAACCACGAGGAAUAGGAACAACUCGAUUGAGGAUGAUGAUGAAGAAGAUUCCGAUUCAGAAGUUUCCGGACAUGAGGACAAGAGGAUGCACAAUAACGAUAAACCCACCAAGUCCUCGGGAAAGAAAGGUGGACGGAAGUCGAAUGGUGGAGAAGGUAAAGAACCGAAUAAAGCUGCGAGAAGAAAAGAGCAGAACAGAGCUGCUCAAAAAGCUUUCAGGGAGAGACGUGAGGCGAGGGUGAAAGAUCUUGAAGCCAAGGUUGCCGAACUGGAAGCAAAAUCGUACGGAGCAUCGGUCGAGAACGAAAACCUCCGAGGUAUCUUGAAGCGCUUACAAGAAGAGAAUAUCUCGCUCAAACAAUCCGCAUUCACCUUUUCGAUGCCUGUCAAUGGUAAUAGCAGCACAGCCAACAACAGCAACAGCAAUAGCACUUCGCCAUUUGCCAUACCCCGACCUCAAACUGCUAAACCGCCUACCCCACCCCUCAGCUCAGUUGAUGAAGGUCUGAAGAGUAUCAAUGAUGUCACUGCUCCUCAACCCAAUAACAAUGGUCGAUACGUUGAUUCUCCAGAAUCGUUGGUAUCGAUGAACAGCAAUAACGGCAACACUACCGAUAGCAGUAGCCAACAGCAGCAGCCUCAACCUGAUCUGCUACAAUCGAAUGCUUUCAACGCGUUCUUGUUUGGUAAUAACACCAAUACCAACACCUCUACCAACAACAACAUCAAUCGACCUAACGCUAAUCCAGUCCAGUCUCGAAGCGACUCACUAUCAAGUAGUCAACUUCAGUCAUUCGGCACAAGCUCCAGCUCUUCAGUAGCUCCUUCAUCGCCCUCCAAUCAAUCUGAUAUCAACGCGUUAUGGGCUUCUCUAUACCCUCAAGGUGUUGAAGCAUUGUUGCAAGAUCAAUCUCAAGGAAACAAGAAUGAUAACAACCAACAAGUCUCAUCCGCAUUGUAUGGCAAUAACGUUAACCUCACUCCAUUCACCAUGCUCAACUCUCAACCUGCUUUGAUGUCAUUCGCCGAUGCUGGUGAAUCCAUGUGGGACCCUCUCGGUCUUCUCGGCGCCAAUCCUGUUAAUAGUCUGCCUCAAGCUACCCAGGCUCCACUACAGCAGCAGCAGCAGCAGCAGCUACCUCAAGCUCAGGUCCAACCCGUCCAAUCUGUUCAACCCGUUCAAAGUCAACCUCAAGUCAACGAUUUCAACAGGUUUGCAUUCCGAGACCCGACUUCUGAAGUCGCAGCUGUGACCGAUCCCAUGAACAACUGGAAUGAAAUCACCGAUAACAGCGUCAAUGAAUUCUUGGCUUCUUUGACAGGAAGUGGAAACAAUAAUAACAAUCUGGAUACAGACAUGAAUCAAGAUGACGCUUUCAACGCGCAAUUGCAACAGAUAUUUGGUGGUAAUUCGCCAUCGCAAUUGUUCAACCUUACCAACUCGGCUCAACCAUCUUCGACCGGCGGCAAUAAUCCAUUUAGCCCGACUAACUACUUGAAUAUGUCACCUUCACCCUUACAAUCGCAAUCUCAAUCGCAACCAGAGUCCAACGCCCAAUCGCCUCAAUCAAGUGUAUCUGUCAACGAUCGAUCAUCCUACGAUUCACCACAAUCUGUUUCCUCUUCAUCCGCUUCGUCGCACCCUUCAACGUCUAGUGCAUCGGCUGCACCUGUGAAAGCUCAAGCUUCACAUUUCGCAAGCUGUAUGAUGGGCGGUAAUAGAUCGUUAUCACCUGGUAUCAGUACAUUCGGUCCACCGAAGUCUGCUUCGGAGAUUGUACACGUAGUAGAUACCGAUGGGAAGAUCGUUAAACCCAGUGAUCUGUGGUUGAGAUUCGGCAUGAAACAUGACCAUGUUGUCGACCACUUGAUGAUUGACGAUCUAUGUGAUCAAAUGCGAUCUAAAGCGACAUGUAACGAUAGUACGGGACGUAUGGAAAUAACGGUCAAAGAUGCGGAACAGAUGUUCAAGUGGGAAGGAGGAAAUGAUCAUCAAGCUAGAAUAGAGAGAAUGAAGAAUCGUGUGACGAAUGAUUAG